CCGCUUUUGUUACAUAAGACAGAGAAGAGAAAAUUUUCUGAGCACUCCGUACAGUCGUCAAAAUGUUGUCCUCGUUAAGAAAUGUGCUAAAGGUUGGUUCCCAGGCCGAUUUUGCUGGCCAAUUCAUCCGGAGCUAUGCUGCCAAAGCAGCGGCCAAUGCUGCUGCCGGAGCGCAAGGUAAAGUAGUCGCAGUAAUUGGUGCUGUAGUCGACGUACAAUUUGAUGAUAACCUACCACCAAUCUUGAAUGCCUUGGAGGUCCAGGGGCGUUCUGCCCGUCUAGUGCUGGAGGUAGCGCAACAUCUUGGCGAAAAUACCGUCCGUACGAUUGCUAUGGAUGGUACGGAAGGUUUGGUACGUGGACAACGUGUGCUUGAUACUGGCUCACCCAUUCGUAUUCCGGUGGGAGCGGAAACACUGGGUCGUAUUAUUAAUGUGAUCGGUGAGCCCAUCGACGAGCGUGGUCCAAUUGACACAAACCUCUCGGCUCCGAUCCAUGCUGAAGCUCCGGAAUUCAUCGAAAUGAGUGUGGAGCAGGAAAUCCUGGUCACUGGAAUCAAGGUUGUCGAUUUGUUGGCUCCAUAUGCCAAGGGUGGAAAGAUCGGUCUGUUCGGAGGUGCUGGUGUUGGCAAAACUGUACUGAUUAUGGAACUGAUCAACAACGUUGCUAAAGCUCACGGUGGUUACUCAGUAUUCGCUGGAGUCGGUGAACGCACCCGUGAAGGAAACGAUUUGUACAAUGAAAUGAUUGAGGGUGGUGUUAUUUCGUUGAAGGAUAAGACCUCUAAGGUCGCUCUGGUAUACGGUCAAAUGAAUGAGCCUCCUGGUGCCCGUGCUCGUGUUGCACUGACUGGAUUGACCGUUGCUGAAUACUUCCGUGAUCAAGAGGGACAAGACGUACUGCUGUUUAUCGAUAACAUUUUCCGUUUCACCCAGGCUGGCUCUGAGGUAUCUGCUCUGCUAGGUCGUAUUCCAUCUGCUGUCGGUUACCAACCAACUUUGGCUACUGAUAUGGGUAGCAUGCAGGAACGUAUUACGACAACUAAGAAAGGUUCUAUCACUUCAGUACAAGCCAUUUAUGUACCGGCUGACGAUUUGACUGAUCCUGCUCCAGCCACUACUUUUGCCCAUUUGGACGCCACCACUGUAUUGUCGCGUGCCAUCGCUGAACUGGGAAUCUACCCAGCCGUAGAUCCGCUUGAUUCCACUUCUCGUAUUAUGGAUCCGAACAUCAUUGGUGCCGAGCACUACAACAUUGCUCGUGGUGUACAGAAAAUCUUGCAGGAUUACAAGUCACUCCAGGAUAUCAUCGCUAUCUUGGGUAUGGACGAGUUGUCCGAGGAGGACAAGUUGACGGUUGCUCGCGCUCGUAAGAUCCAACGUUUUCUGUCCCAGCCCUUCCAGGUGGCUGAGGUAUUCACGGGUCACGCCGGAAAGCUGGUCCCGCUAGAGGAAACCAUCAAGGGCUUCACCAAGAUUCUGAACGGCGAGCUAGACCAUUUGCCGGAGGUGGCCUUCUACAUGGUUGGUCCGAUCGAGGAAGUUGUCGAGAAGGCUGAACGUUUGGCAAAGGAAGCAGCAUAAGAGACAAAGUGAGCCAUGAAUAUAAUUAUUAUCGUUUCAAAACACAAUAACAAAAAUAUGAAAAUGCAAUAAAAACGGAAAAAUAAAUCUUACAUAAUCAAACGAA